AGUUUGAAAUGUGAUCAUCGUAUAGAAUAUAUAUUCUUAUAGAUCGAAUAGUCGAGUUAUAUAUCGAAUUGCAAUGUUUUCUUUGUUAAUACUACGAAAUAAUUCUAUUCGUUAGCAGUUUGAGAUCACUAUCGUAUUUAUUUUGAAAAUUGUGAUAGAUAAUCACUUUUUAGUUAUUAAUGAAACAUAAUAUGAAGUAAUUUUAUUGAUUAAUAAGAUAAUCGCAGUAAAGAUAUUUCACGAAUUACGAUAAAUAUACAUAUAUUUCGUGCCUGAUAUGAACAAUUAAACAAUCAAGUGAUUUUGUUUGAAAAUUUUAUACGUAAUGAAUAAAAAAUUAAUUUCAAGCAAUUAAUUAAUUAAUGUUUUAGAAAAAUUAAUAUUUUAAUGAUUAGAAACAAUGUGAUAAAUAUUUUUGGCAUCUAGUUCGAACGAUUGAACGAUCGAACGAUCGAAAAUCUCGUUUUAGAAUCUCGCAUAUAAUCGAUGAAAAAUUAUCCAAUUUAUCAUCGGUCAUGGCUGUGAAAGAAUGGUUCAGAAGACUACAGCCGGUCCAGUUGUACCUGGUCCUGUUCUUCACCACCGCUUUCUUCCUCGUCGAGAUAGUCGCUAGCCAUGUGACUCAUUCACUGACAUUGCUACUAAACGCUUAUCAUAUGCUAUGCAACAUUAUUGCACUUGUCGGUUGUAUCGCAUCAAUUAAGUAUAGUCAUCGUCAAAAUGGUUACAAUGGUAACAGCACUUCUAGUUCGUUACGAAAUUCUGUUAUUUGUAUAAAUGACGAUGAACGAAGUUCUUCCACAUCUCUAUCAACAAAAACUAAGCAAUCACGAUCGGAUAGGCGAAUGAAAAACACUUUCGGUUGGGCGAGGAUAGAUAUUGUCACGAUGCUCGUCUGCUGCGUAUUUCUAGCAUCCUUCUGUUUUUCCUUACUGGUUGAAGCUAUGCAGACGUUGGUACAUAUAGAUCACUUGGACGAAAUGCACCAUCCACUGCCUGUUCUUACAAUUGGUGCAUGUGGAAUCUUCCUCAACGCGUUUUGUUAUAUAUUAAUUGGAGGAUAUACCUUCAAUCAAGGUAUUGUUCUCCACGUCACGAUGAACGGAGAUGUAAUAUUACGAAGAAAUGUUAAUUCACAACAAACGAAGGAGGGUGAACAACAGUUAUCUUCACAAACCAGACGAAGUCCAUUGGGCAUACCAAAGAGCCAAGGACUUCGAGAAACAUGUCGUGACGCUUUGGGCUGUGUUUUCGUUAUCUUGGUAUCUAUUCUAGUAUAUUUCACCGAUUCUGGCGUAGCCAAAUAUAUCGAUCCACUUUUCGCUAUUAUUUCUUCCAUUUCACUCUUCGCCCUCAGUUAUUCAUAUAUGAAAGAAUCGGGUUUGAUAUUGCUUCAAACCAUUCCUAAUCACAUAAACAUCGAUUCUCUCAAAAGAGAAUUGUUAGAAGCUUUCCCCGGGAUUGUGAACGUCCACGACUUACACAUAUGGCAAUUAACGGGACAAAAAAUAAUAUCGACAGUCCACAUCAUAUUCUUGGACCCAACGGUAUAUACCACUAUUACUGAUCAAGUAACAGCAUUUUUUAGAGAAAUGGGAAUAACUCAAGUUACGAUACAGCCGGAAUUCCAUAAGAUGAGGCCAAACAUGGAGAAAACCGGUUGUCUAAUUCGUUGCCAUGGUGAACAUUGUAGUUCAUCUCAAUGUUGUUCAAAAGAAAAAUUUAUCGAAGACUCAUGCUCAGAUUUAUCAACCAAGAAACAAGGACAAUCUAUAAACAAGAAAUUCGAGAAAAAGGAAAUCAUUCCUUCUUCAACUACAAUUGAUCUUAAGAAAUUCGCUAUUCAUGAUGAAGAAAGUUCACAAUCGUGUCAAACGAUUACAAAUCAACCUGACGGAAGCUCAUGCCAAUCAAAAAACAAACAAAGGCAAAGUGAUAAAGAUAAUACGAGAGACGAAAGUUCCUAUGCGAUAAACGUAGAUGUUAACGAUGGAAAUCAUGUUUCAUGUAUCAUGAAUCACAGUAAUACUAAUCCAGAGGUCGCAUCAUAACAUUUUAAAAAAUUUAAAAAAAAACAUUAUAGAGGACGCUUUACUGAAAUGGAUCAAAUGUAA